UCAGCACGGGACGCGUCGAAAUACCAGUUUCAGCCCGUUUUUUUUUUUUUUAAUAAUAAUUUAUUUUUUAUUAAUUUCAAUCAUUCGGCUUCUGUUUUCGCAUGGUGAUUGUUGAUAUAUAGAACCAGAGAGAGUCAUGAAGGCUUCAGGAGCCACAAAUCAGCCCAAGUGCGCUGCGAAAAUGGAGAGCGACUCGGGCUGCGGCGUGCAGCGGCAUCACCUCAGGACCGUCACCGCUGCCAUCCCCUUCGUGUUCUCCGUCGCGUCGGUCGCCUUCUGCAUCAUCCUGGGGAUUCAAACCAGUGACCUAAAGAACAGAAUGCUGGAUUUGGAGGGCAGCAACGGCGAGCGCGUUUUACACCCGUUUGCAGAGGUUUCCAUGGACGAGUUUAACUCAAUGGUACAGGAGAGAGUGGACGAGGUCCUGUCACAGCGCUCCUAUGAACAUUUUGCACGCAUAAGGACUGCACGCCAAGUCUCACCUGAAUGCAACUGCCCACAAGGCCCACCAGGAAAGCGAGGAAGAAGAGGACACAACGGGGAACCUGGACCUCCUGGUCCACCAGGUCAGAAAGGCGAGAAGGGCGAUCAAGGAGACCAGGGACCGCGGAUGGUCUUCCCUAAGAUCAAUCAUGGCUUUCUUUCUGCUGAUCAGCAGCUCAUUAAGCGUCGGCUCAUUAAGGGUGAUCAGGGGCAAGCAGGCCCUCCAGGACCUCCUGGACCACCAGGUCCUCCUGGUCCCAGGGGACCCCCAGGAGACACAGGGAAGGAUGGUCCCAGGGGAGCGCCAGGGCUACCAGGUGACCCAGGAACCCCAGGAGAGCUCGGCCCCAUGGGACCAGAGGGCCCUCCAGGUCUCAAGGGUUCCAUUGGGCCACCUGGCAUACCAGGGAUUGAUGGACUGAAGGGGGAGGUGGGUAUGCCCGGAUUAGAUGGAAUCCCUGGUGCCAAGGGUGACAGAGGAGAGCAAGGUGAAAAGGGUGACAUGGGAGAAGAGGGGCCAAAGGGCAAUGUUGGUGAGAAGGGUGACGCAGGGUCUUCCGCUGCCGGCAUAAAGGGUGAACCAGGUGAACCAGGACGAAGUGGGCACAAGGGAGAACCAGGACUUCCAGGGCUGCCUGGACUUCCCGGAAUAAAGGGUGAACCUGGCUUUCUUGGCCCUCAGGGUGAACCAGGGUUGCCAGGACUACCUGGAACUAAGGGAGAACGAGGAGAGCCAGGACCGCCAGGAAAGGGUGAACGUGGGGAAAUAGGCCCAGUUGGACCAAAGGGAGCACAAGGGGAGUCCGGAACACCAGGCUUCAAAGGGUCGAAGGGUGACACUGGUGACAAAGGAGAUAUUGGACUUUCAGGACCCACUGGUCCAGCUGGAGAGAAAGGUGACCAGGGCACAACGGAAAUAAUCGACUACAAUGGAAACAUCCAAGAAGCACUACAGAAGAUAACCACUAUUACAGUGACGGGUCCCCCUGGACCUCCUGGACCAGUUGGACCACAGGGUAUUAAGGGUGAUCAAGGUCCUCCAGGUCUUCCAGGCCUUGAUGGAGAGAGGGGUCACAAGGGUUCAAAAGGAGACAUGGGAAUGCCAGGAAUGGCUGGUGAUAAAGGCUCUGUAGGAUUGCCCGGGCUACCAGGUUUCAAUGGGCAGAAAGGAGAAAAAGGUGAUUCUGGCCUGCCUGGACCUCAAGGACCAUUUAUUAUCGGCCCUCCUGGGCCACUUGGUCCACAUGGUCCUCCUGGUCCAAUGGGACCACAUGGAUUUCCUGGACAGAAGGGGGAAGCAGGUCUGCCGGGUUUAAAGGGAGCACGUGGGGAGCCCGGACAUAAGGGUGACCGUGGACCCCUGGGCCUCCCUGGAGCGGCUGGCUUGGAUGGCAAGCCGGGAUUAAGGGGUACAGAUGGCCCAGUUGGUGCUCCUGGUCCUGCUGGCCCUAAAGGAGACAGAGGUGAGAAAGGUGUUACAGGUGAACCUGGACCAAGAGGACCCUAUGGAUUACCUGGUGCUGCUGGGACACCUGGCCUGGAUGGGUUACCAGGAUUAAGGGGAGAGAAGGGCGACGUGGGGGAAAGAGGAGAAAAGGGGGAGAAGGGAAAGAAGGGCAAAAAAGGGCCUAAGGGGGAGAAAGGAGAACAGGGUGCCCCCGGAUUAGAUGCACCCUGCCCAUUGGGUUUCCGGGGUCUUAAGGGUGAAAAGGGCGAGCCAGGCCAGCCUGGGCUUGAUGGGCUGGAUGCCCCGUGCCAAUUGGGGCCAGAUGGAUUACCAAUGCCUGGCUGCUGGCAAAAGGGAGUCACCCCCUGGCUGGUAGCCUGAGAGAGUCUUUUAAGUGAAGGUAGAAUGAGAUUGUUGCUUUCCUUUCUUGUAAAGAGGUCAGUUCUUCACCACUCAGGAUUUCACUCCCUGAAUACAGUGACUUAUUGAAAUGAUCAGCGAGCCGUAAUCACAGGAUGAGUGGAAGAAAGAGGCUGAACUGCUUCAUCGAAUCCUGGGUCAGAUGGCAAAUCAGAAACUCCAGCCUAAGUGCCCUUUAUUGGAGCGGGUGUGUGCAAAAGGAUGGAGAUUUCCAACACCUGUACCAUCAUCAGGAAUGGCAUCUCUGUAUUCCUCUGGAACAAGACACUUGAUUGUGUCAAUUGUGGGAUCUACGGAGGAUGUUAUUCAGUUAUUGUCAUUCCCUUGUUGUAACGGUUUACUUUGUGUUUCGAAAAAUGUUUCACAUAGAAUUAAUUCCAAAAUAUAUAAUAUUGCAGCUGAUGCAAAACUUAAACUAAAGGUACAUUGCAAACAGUUGAUAACAUAAAUACUGGUUUAUUUUUCUUGGUAUUGUUUUUAUGGGUUUCAUUUAACUGACAUUUCUGCAUGUCAAAUUAAAGUGUCCAUUGAUAUUGAAAACAUUGACAUCUUUUUGGUAGUGCAUGUUUUAUUCUGAGGCUAGCAGUUCUGUUAGUCAUUGCAACACACACCAUUUAAGAUAUAUUAAGGAUUUUUUUGUGCGUUUUUUUUUCACAUUGUUUGAAAUUUAAUUUACACAAAUAACGUACACAUAGUUACAAAUCCUGUCCAAGUUUCAGCAAACACAAGGGGCAGCACUGACUUAUUAUUUUUUUAUUCUUUAAAUCUUUAUUAACGUUAUCUGCUACCAGUGCUAUAACAUUCCAGAGCUGUUGGAAAGUUCCUGAGACACACAGCCCUGCAGUCCUGUGGCACUGAAUUAGCCAUGUGAUGCCAGUCAUAAAUACACUUAAGCUGCACUGUGUUUGAUGGAGCAAUUGCCGUUGACUGAGUAUGUAACUGCAUUUUGUGUGUAUUUGUAUAUACAGUUUAUAAUCAAGCUAACUGAAACAUUUGCAUUAUUCUUUAAACAUUUCAGUAAUGCAGUGUUUGUUUUAUUUAAUACUUAAGCAUAUUGCUGGAAAACAGAGGCAUUCCUUGUAACAUGAGGUAGCUUUGAAGGUCUUUUUGCCUUUCAGUAUUAUUCAUGUAUUGUGAAGUUCUGCACUGAAAUGCAAGACAAUAUAAAUGGAUGUAAUGCCUCAUUAUGCUUCAAAACUUCACUUGUUUGAAUCUUGAGGAGCAUUCUUUAAUAUGGAUGCGUUACGCCAUGCUGCAACACAGUUUAUGUUGGACUGCAUAUUUUCAGUCAUGUUAGUCACUUUUUUGUCAUUAUUCAUUCUUUAAAUAAAAAAAAGGAUCAAUAAAUAAGAAUAUACCACAUGCAGUAUUUACAGGCUGUAUGUAAUAUAGUCCCACAUCCUUUCUCAUAAUUAUUGUUAAUUGAAUGUAGAAUAAAUAUAUGUAUAAUAGACUCUGUGUGCAGUUAAAUAUUUUCUCAUUAGACAAAAAGUGCAAUUUAUACUUUUCUUGUACAGUAUGUAUUGAUUUGUAAACCAUAUUCAGUUUAAGAACACAAAUGUCAGUUACACCCAUUUUGAUUUCUAUUGUAAGUUAUAAGAGUAUAUUUUAAUAAUUUUUACUUUGGCACUGGUAAUUCCAUUGUUUUUCAAGCCUAUUGUGUGGAUGAGAAGAAGGCCCAAUGUUAAGCCAGUCAUAUUUUUUUUCAUUUCUAUAUUUUAUAUUUCAGAUAUGACACAUGCUUUUAUUGAGCUGUCAUGUUCCACAUCAUUUUGUGAGCACGAGAGCCAAUGUUGUCUUCUGUUAACUUUUUUUUCUUUUAAUAUUUGCAAAAAACACUUUUUAUACAUUUCAACAUUGGUGCUUUUUAAAUCCAUACAGUUUGUUGUUAUUGUUGUUUAUUUACUUGGUGUCAUCAUGUUUUGAAAAUUCCACUUUACAUAAACAGUUAUUUUUUUAUUUGCAUUUUUGUUUGUCUAGUUUGUUUUUUCUAGUACUUUCUCCAUUAUUUUGCUUACUUUUUUUCCAGAAAGUACUUGACAAUAAUUUAAAUGAUUGUUUCCUUUCUUUUUUAUUUUGUGAUUCUUUAAUGUUUCUUUUAAAUAUGAAAAACACAUCUGGAUAGAAUAACGUUUUUGAUGCAUUGAUUAGUUUCUUGUAAAUAACACAUUUGGCAUUGGGUCUAAGAUUUUUUGGCCUAUUAGGAUAAUCAAACUUUAGAGACAUAAAUCAGUUCUACUUGCAGGACCACCUUCUACCUACAGAUGUUUGGAUAGACAUUGCAAGCAAACUCUCUCUCUCUCUCUCUCUCUGUUUCUUUAUUUUUAUUGACUUUUAUUCAUUUUAUAAUUUAGGAAAGGAAAAAAUGUUAAUGGUCUAAUUUCUUUAAUUGACCUAUAUUGUUGAUGAGUGCCCAUAAAAGGCUUUUAAGUACGUUUUAUGUGACAGUGCUGUUGAGCCAAAUAAACUCCUCCAAAUAUC